GACCGCAAUCACUAUCUACUAUAGUCCUCUUCGAUAUAUAUCAUCUUUCUUGCCUCUCUGCCUUUCCCUUCCAUACGUCUUCCUUUCGUGCCGUCUACAAUUCUCACUAUGGCUGCCCAACAACAAGACUUCUCAGACUCUCCGGCUACGGCCAAGUCAUCCGUGCCUCAUCCUUUGUGCCCAUUGACCGCAGCGGAGUUGACCACCACUGCUGAUUUGGUGAGAUCAGUAUGGCCAUCCAACAUUGACCUUCGCUUCAAGGUCAUCACCCUCGAGGAGCCUCCCAAAAAGCACAUGGUCCCUUAUCUUGAGGCUGAACACAAUGGAUCUUCUCUGCCUCGGAUCCCCAGAAAAGCAUUUGUUUCAUACUAUAUCCGAAACACUGACCGAUUCCACGAGGCCACGGUCAACCUCUCAUCCGGCAAGGUUGAGAGCAAUGCCCGUCUUGGACCAAACAUGCACGGCAAUGGUGAUUACGACGAGAUCCUGGAAGUGGAAAAGAAUGCCUUGGAAGAUGAGGGUGUCAGGGCUGCCAUUGCCAAAUUGCAACUACCAGAGGGCACUGCUGUUACAGCCGACCCUUGGAUCUACGGUUCUGAUGGUAUCGGAGAUGACGAGCGACUAUACCAAGUCUUCUUGUAUAUGCGAGAUCCCGCCAACCCAAGUGAACUCGACUCCAACCACUACGCAUUCCCACUCCCCAUUGCCCCUGUCAUCGAAUGCAAUGACUACAAAGUAAUCCGCAUCGAUUACCUCCCCACCGGUGCCGACAACACCAUUCAUGAGCCACGACCGUAUGAAGCCGUUCCACCCAACGAGUACAUCCACGAACACCAGCAACUCCGCACAGAUAUAAAACCACUCCGCGUCAUCCAGCCCGAAGGCGCUUCAUUCAGCAUCACGCCAACCGGCGAGACCGGUGAGAUUGUCGAGUGGCAGAAAUGGUUCUUCCGAUUGGGCUACAACCAACGUGAAGGUAUGGUCCUUUACGAUGUCCGCUACGACGGUCGCCCACUGUUCUAUCGUCUGUCCCUCUCGGACAUGAACAUCCCCUACGCCGACCCCCGACACCCGUUCCACAAGAAGUCUGCCUACGAUCUAGGCGAUGCCGGUGCCGGUUCCAUGGCCAACAACCUCAAGCUUGGGUGUGACUGCUUAGGCAACAUCCACUAUGUCUCAUCUGUGAUCGCAGACGACAAGGGCGCCCCGGUUCCCAUGGAGAACUGUGUCUGUGUCCACGAACAAGACGCAGGUAUCGGUUGGAAGCACACCAACUACCGUACAGGCCGCGCGGCUGUCGUGCGCAACCGUGAACUCGUCCUGCAAAGCAUCAUCACUGUGUCAAACUACGAAUAUAUCCUGGCCUUUAUGUUCAACCAGGCUGGUGAAGUUAUCUACGAAGUCCGUGCGACCGGUAUCCUGUCGACCCAACCUAUCGACCAUGAGCUUGAUCAGGUUGGUGUUCCCUUCGGCACAGUCGUGCACCCAGGUGUCCUUGCCGUGCACCAUCAACACAUCUUUUCUCUGCGUAUCGACCCUAUGCUGGAAGGCCACGAGAACCGACUGGUCUACGACGAGGCGCACGCCAUGCCCCUCGACAAAGAAUGGAACCCGCACGGCGUAGGCUACACAGUCAGCGAAACCGUCGUCGAAACCGCCAGCGGUCUAGACCUCGACCCGGACACAAACCGUGUCUUCAAGAUCCAGAACCCGAACGUACGCAACCCAAUCAACGGCAAGCCAGUCGCAUACAAGAUCCACGCGCCACCAUUCCAGAAGAUGCUCGCCCACCCGACGUCUUACCACCACAAGCGCGCCGAAUUUGCCGACCACAACAUCUACGUGACCACGCACCGAGAUAAAGAGCUAUACUCCGGCGGAUGGUACACCAACCAGUCUCGCGGCGGCACCGGCGUACGCAGCUGGGCCGAUCGUAAGGACAACGUCAAGGACGCGGAUAUCGUGGUGUGGGUGCAAUUCGGUAUCAACCAUGUCCCCCGUAUCGAGGAUUUCCCCGUCAUGCCAUGCGAGAUCCUGAAGGUGUCCCUCAAACCUGUCAACUUCUUCGACAAGAACCCGGCGCUCGAUGUCCCUCCUUCGGAGCAGAGUUUCAAUCAAUCUACUAUGGCGGCGGAGCAGCACCAUCAGCCCGCGCAGGAACUCAUUGUGGGUAAGGACACGUGCUGUGCGCCGGAAGAGAGCAAGAGCAAGCUAUGAGUGUCAGAACGCAGCAAAUGGAUAUUGAUUUGGUGGCCGCCGAAAAGCGAACAAUAGUGUCCAAACACGAAGAUUAGAGUAAGAUACCAUAUAUGAGUAUGCACAAUGCCUUGAUGCCG